AUGGUGACCAGUGAUAGCUCUCCCGAAAGAAUUGUUACUCCAUUCUCUCAAAGAGUUCUUGAUGACCCAUUGCCAAAGCGUUAUCAGAAUUUGAAUGUUGGGGAAUACUCUGGGACUACAGACCCAGAGGACCAUCUUGCUAAAUUUGAGAACGCCUCUCCGCUACAGCAAUGUUCUGAUGGGGUAAAAUGUCGAAUAUUCCUCACCACCCUUGGUGGAGUAACUCAAAGAUGGUUUAAACGCUUACCAGAGGACUCUUUUCGACGCUUCAAGGAUUUCCGUAAAGUAUUUCUACAUCACUUCUCUAGCAACCGAAGAUAUCAUAAGACCCCUUGGAGUCAUUUCUCUAUCAAACAAGGAUCUAAGGAAAGCAUCAGAGCAUAUAUCAAGAGGUUUAAUCAGGUAUCUAUCGAUGUUCUUAAUGCUACUACAGAAAUAUUGGUGAGUGCUUUCUCUCAAGGCCUCAACGAUAACGAUUUUUUCAAGGACUUAGUGGGCAAUCCCCCAACCAAUUUUGAUUUGUUGAUUGAGCGAGCUACUGAAUUUUUUAACGUUGAAGAAGCUCAAGCAGCUCGCAAGAAGGAAAUUACAGUGCCUGUCUCAACCACAGUCCACGAGGGAGUUGUAGCUCCUGUUCAUCCGCCAAGGGGGCAUCGUGGAGCUCCCCCUCCACCUCGCCAGCCUGAGCGAAGACCGGAAGCAGUCCAACAUGUGGAGAUGCCACAAGAAGCCCCUCGAAGAUGGUGUACCUAUCAUAUGUCGGGUACUCACUACACUGAAAAUUGCUUUGCCCUAAGAAACCAGAGAACCAACAACAAUCAUUAUCGUCGGCGAUCUCCCAACCGACAUCCCUACCAGAGGCAUAACAAUCCUCCUAAGAGGGAAUAUCCGGCGACUGAAACACAAUAG